AUGCGAUGCAGCCGCAGCAGAUGUAUCAUCAUCCUCUUCCUAAUUUUCGCUAUUUUCGGCCUGAUUUUCUGGAAAUUCUAUCAGGAAAUUACCUUGCAAGAACUCAUUCUGGUGCAUUAUGUUUCCGAUACCGAUGGAAACCAGGAAUUACCGAGCGGAAGCAAUUGUACAGUGGAUACUUGUCUGGAUCUUCUGCCCUGUUCACUUUAUGACGAUCAGCUAACUAUUUUUGUGGAACCUCUUGUGCAAGUUUUUGCCGAGGAUGGCAGCGAAUUAACACCACAACCAUCACGGGAAUUUCUGGAGAUACGCUCGAUCGUUGAGGAAAGUAUGUAUGCUGUGAAUGCAGCCGAAGAUGCGUGUUUUGUUAUACCGGGAUUCGAUACACUUAACAUGGAUCGCUUCCACGCUGGCCAACGAUCGCCUCUGAAAAACUUUAAUGCGGUUGCUGCUACUACUUCUUUCAAAAACAACUAUUUAUGCUACGCGAAUCACAUCAUCCACAAAAAACUGCAUACAAAUUUCUUCACCGAUUGCACCGAUUUCCUUGAUUAUCCUGCCAGAAAACGUCUUUCAGUACGCGUCUGA